AUGUCGUUCCGCGGGAACCUGGGCGAUCUCCGCUCAACCUCCCACGAUACUUUGCGAAGCGGCUUGCCAUCUCCACGCAUUGAACACUACGAUGGAGAGAUCCCGCCCACACUAUCGCCUUUGGAUGCAUUCGCCGCCCAAGGCCGUUUACUCGCCAAACAGUUGGAUGAAUCCCGCCGACGAGAUCGGCGCAUGAGCCGACUCCCCCCCUCCAGUGUCGCCCGAUCCUUGUCCAUCCCGCGACCGGGCUACUUUCGGGCGCCAUCGAGUGAUUCCCAGGUGGAGAGCCUCACACGCAAACCGACGUUGAGAGCUCGACCGGAUCCCGAAGAGCCAAAGUACAGACCCAUCUCCGAACAUCCCCGCUUCAGUUCGGUCUCCUGUGCCCCUCACGACGGCGACACAGACGAGGAGCAGAAGAAAGAGGACGAUGAGAACGAAGAUGAGGAUCAGGAUCAGGAUACGCCACGGACGACCAUGGUUCGCACAAGCUCGGCGAGCUUCGACCUCCCACGCGCAGAGUCGCCCGAGCAUGAUCCUUCCCUGGCGACAGGGGCAGGCGAUGGCCCAUUGGAAUCGGAGACGAACAUCUCGCGCAUGUCAUCCACCGACUCAGGGGGACGAUUGCACAUCCCUCGUAACCUGGCGCCACCCGUAUCCCCGCAUUCGCGUCCGUCAAGUCGAGCGCGAGGGCUCAACACGGAGAGCUCGGACGAUGACUACAGCAGCUCCAAUGGGGGCUCCACGUUUUCCAAGCCGCGCAAGCUGUCGUCGGGGAGCGCUAUGUCUGGACCAAACGUCUGUCGCCAGUUACCUCCCUCGACCCUCAUUCAACUUCUCGCGGCCUCUGAGCCGAUCAAGCACCAGUCUAUCCGCACCGGGCCCCUCGGCCACGUCCGAGCCCGUGACCCCCCCGACCGCGGCUCCCAUCAACACCGGUGGAAUCGACAGUCCCAUCAACUGCACCGUCCCGGUAAGCCGGCGCCCAUCAUUGUGCCAGGGGGGCCCGAUGCCGAAGAGAUGGUGGCUUCCCUGGCCGAGGAAGACCACCCCUCGUCGGCCACAUACACCUAUGCCAAAUACGAUCUGCCUCGCGGUCGUGCGGUCUCGCGAAACUCGGUCGUCUUUGCCGGCUUGCACACGCCUCACUUCGAAUGGCAGGAGCCCCUGUUUGAGAAUUCGCCGCCGCGACAUUCGGAGGAGAUACCACGCUCCGCUCGCACUCCCCCACCCUCGCACCCGCGCAUGGAGAAUUCGCCCAAGCCACAUUCCAUGUACGAGGUCUCCACUCCGGCCGCAGGGACCAAGGUCGUUCCAUCGGAGUCGUCACCCGCCCUCUCGACUCCCUUAUCACCUCCCGUAGCCGCACCAGCGACCGCGGUAGUCACCCCUCCUCGAGCGUCGACCGAGUCGAGUCGACCCAAGACAAGUGACAGGGAUGAGACGGUGUCCUCUGCCGAUUCGGCCAGUACCCUGCGCCCGCAAACCGCAGCCACGCAGGCAAGCAAGACCAGCUCGCUCACCUUGACGGCGGAUGACCACGUUACCAAGGGGAUUGAAUUGCACGAGGCGGGCUCGUUGAAUGAGUCCACCUACCAUCUGCGCAUUGCGGCGAAGCAGAACAGCCCCCGGGGAAUGCUGCUGUAUGCCCUUGCCUGUCGUCACGGCUGGGGCAUGCGUGCCAAUCAGCAAGAAGGCGUACGAUGGCUGCGUAAAGCCGUGGACUCGGUGGGGCUCGAGAUGUUGGCGAAUCCUGAUGCCCCCGGCGCAUCCAAAGCCAAGGAGCUGGAAAAGGCCUUCAAGACCCAAUUCGCUCUCAGUAUCUAUGAACUGGGUGUCAGUCACCUGAAUGGAUGGGGUACCGCGCAAGAUAAAUCGCUCGCUCUGCGAUGCUUUGAGAUCGCCGGCCAGUGGGGUGAUGUGGAUGCCAUGGCCGAAGCUGGGUUUUGUUACGCCGAAGGCGUUGGUUGUAAGAAGGAUCUCAAGAAGGCCGCUCAUUUCUACCGCGAGGCUGAGGCACGAGGUAUGAGCAUGGUUGGCAAUAGCUGGAUCUACAAGGCCAAGUACAUGGGCGAGAGCGACAGUCGCUCCGGUCGUUCCCGCGGUCGCACUGUGAGCAGCGACAAGAAGUCGACUGGAGAAAAGAAGCCGCGCAGCAAGUCACGCACCCGCGGUCUCUUCCAGCGAAAAAAGUCCACGGCAGAUGCAUAG